CCCCAUCCUCAUCCCUUUCCUAUUGUCUCCAUCCCCAUCCUCUCAUUCUCCCGUCUCUCCACCAUCCUGUCCCAUAUCCAUCCCAUUCCAUCCCAUCCCUGUUCCCAUCCCAAUGCUUUUCCCAUUCCUGUCCGUAUUCCAUCCUUUAUCCCAUCCCCACCCCAUCCCACCCCCAUCCCCAUCUCUACCCCACAGAUGGAGCAGAUCAAACGCGCCAACCGCCUCUACACAUCGGACACCAUUUUCCUGAAGCCCACCCUCCUCAUCCCCCCCCCGGGGUGCCCCAAUGAGGCUCCCAUGGGGUCAGCGCCGUCGGACCCUACAACCACCACCCCCACCGCCCCCACCACCCCCUCCUCCACGCCACACCACGACCUCACAGCCAGCGACUUCCUGCGCCGCCUGGACGCCGACAUCGGCCGCUCCAAAGCAGCGGUGGUGGAGCAGCAGCUGCGUGCGGGUGUCCCCAAGGCCGCCGUCCCGCUCCCCCCCCCAGGGCCGUCCCUGCGGGGUCCCCAACUCGGCGCUCAGCCCCUCACCCGGACACGGCGAGCAGCUGCACUGCGUGACACCGAGGAUGAGAUCUUCACAUUGUGACUGUGGGGACAUCAUUAUGGCCGUGGGGACAUCAUUAUGGCCAUGGGGGCACUGUGACUGUGGGAAUGGGAUGGAAUGGGGGGGGGGCUUCCACCGGGUCGUGCCCCACUUUGGGGUCAGCCAAACCCAUGGACUGGAGCCUCCCCUCCCACUGGAAUGGGGUUCACCCAGUGAUGCUUUCCCUCUGAUCCUAUUUAUUUGUAUGGCUUUGUCCCUUUGGGGUCUUUGUCCUUUGGGGUCUUUGCCUUUGGGGGUGUUUUUGGGGGUGGGGGUCGGGGUCGGUCACCCGUGGGUUUCCCACCCUGCAAUGUGUAAAUAAAAGGGAGCACCGUGGGGACACCACCGUCACA